GGCCGUGGUCAGGUUUCAUUUGUGGAAACGGCAACCUACCCUGCAUUUUGCUGUACGUUUUCGGGUUAAGUUUGUUAGUAAACUGUAAACUGUUUUUUUUUACUGUGAAACCAUGUUUUCCUAAUUCUAAAAUGGACCAGGCGAAGUGGAAAGUGAUUGAAGAAUCCAUUGCGGAUGGGGCUUCGAAGAAUGUGGCCGCGCUUUUGCAUCAGCCUAAAGAUCUGGACGAGAUUCUCCGCGCUCGCAACGAGCAGAUCACCAGCGAGAAAUCCACCAUCGACGUCAUGAUGAAGACCAUGUUGCAGUCGCACGUGGAAGGCGUCCAGCUGUCCAUCGGCAACAUGGACCAUGUCGUGGCCAACACCCGGUCCCUGAAGACCAACUUCCAAGGCAUCCUGAAGGAUCUGAAAGAGAUGAAAACCCUCAACAGCCAGUUCAAGGAGAUCCGCGAAGAACACAGUCGCCACAGCCAACUGGCGGCGGCCGUGGAGAACGCCAAGCAGAUAUUCAACGUGGGAGAAAUUGCCGACCGUACCCGGAAGCUGAUCGACGAGGGAAAACUGCUGUUGGCGCACCAGUCGAUCAGUGAUCUGGAGCGAUCGCGCGAUGAUCUCAUGUUUGAAUUCUUCAAGCAGCCGACCACGUCGCAUCUGGAUCAGGUGCAGUUGGAGAAGUAUUUCCAGCCUGUAGAGUCAUUGUCGGUGCAGUUGGGCAAGCAGAUCUGGGUGCACAUGGGCCGGGCGAUCAAUAUUAUCCGCAAAGAACCUGCCUUGAUUGUGUCGUGUCUGAGGAUCAUUGAACGCGAGGAAAGGCUGGAUGCCAAAGCUUUGGAACGGAAGGCGGCAAGCGGAUUUCUCCCGCAUAACCGACCAAAACAGUGGAAGGCCAAGUGUUUUCAGGUUUUGGAACAAUCGGUGACAGAAAAAAUUGAAGGAUCGCAGUUAACCGAUGCUAGAGCAGAUAAGACGUGGUUGGUGAAACACUUGGAAAUUAUCCGUCAAGAAGUGUUGAAAGAUCUCUCGGUUGUCCGAAGCGUCGCGAUUCCCUGCUUCCCACCAGAAUACGAUAUCAUGAACGUGUACGCCAAAAUGUACCAUAAAGCCAUUGCGAAGCAGAUUGCGGAAUUGAUAGAGCACGAGAAGAUGCAGGCGGAAGAUAUCGUGACGCUGCUGACAUGGUUGGAAGAGUACGAAGGCGAGAACUGUCUCUCGCAUCCUAACGUGCAGCUGGACGUGCGCAGUCUGGGUGCACCGCUGUUGGCACCGAAAAAGACGCAGGAACUGGUGGAGUUGUACGUGCAAGCGACGUCGUUGAAUGUGGACAACUAUCUGUACCGUGCACUAAACGUGGAGAAAGCGGGAUGGUCAAGCGGUCAGAAGCCGGACGAAAGUUCACCCUUCUAUCAGACACAAACGCCUACCGAUGUUUUCCAGAUUUUCGAUCAAAAUAUUAAUAUCGCGGCGAGAAUGGGAGAUGAGAUUUCCAAGAGGAUGUACGUGCUGUGUCUGAGGAAAUUGGCCGAUUUCAGCGACGCAUUGAAGAAAGCAGUGACUGAGUUCAAGGUGGAAAAGUUCAAAGAUCGCACCCAGUUUAUGAAUUACACAGACGUCAUGAUGGCGCUUGUGAAUGACUGCAGUCGCUACGUGGAAUUCAUCCAAGUGUGGGCACAGAAGAAGAGCAAUCUGGGCCACAGUGACAAAGUGAUGGAAUGUUGCAAAUGUUUCGAGCAUGUCAAAACGGAAGCUAUCAGUUGUCUUUUAGAAGAAGUCAUACAAGAUUUGCUUCCGAAUUACAUUUCAGAAUUUUUCACCGUCAAAUGGCUGCGCUCGCAGUCCCAGGCCAUGCAGACCGUCCACAUGACGCUGAUGGAUUACUCCAACGACUACAAACGCCAUCUCAUGCUGCCCAACUAUGUCGAGACCAUGGAGGUGGUGCAGUUAAAAAUUCUGAAGUACUACCUGCAGGCCAUCCUGGAUCGGAAACUGCGUUUUCGGAGUAAUGACGAACGCCAGGAUGCGGCCAAACGCAUCAAAGCGGACAUGGAUAUUCUGACCAAUUUAAAUUUGGACUUGCGGUUUGUCAGCGAAGUCGGCGGUCAGACGGACGAUAGACGUUCAGGGCCAGAUCAGGUGGAUUUGAUGCUGAGCUAUGAUAUUUUCGAGAAUUUUGCCGAGUUGCUCAAGUGCUCAGAGGACAUGAUACAGCUAGAGCUGAGCACGUUUGUGCAGAAAUUCCCCGAUGUGACCGCGCAGCAGCUAGCACGUUUACUGGAUGUGCGCGGAGAUUUGAAGAUUGAUUUAGGUGAUUUAAAUAAGAAUGAUGGGACCAAAGUUUUGGAUGUGAUGUCGGCAGAUUUAGGAAAGAUGAAGGUGAAAACGAUAUUUUCCGAGGUUACCUAUCGCUAAUUUGAUUUGUCUGAUAGUGGACAUUGUCCGCACCUGCAUCUCGGUGAUUUUUUAGCCCUUUAAGUUUCUUUGAAGUUCUGUGUUUUUUGUUACACAAGAUUGGAAAUUUUAAAAGUUUGGCACAUUACUUGUUAUUGCUAUACUUAUGAUGGUGCAUUAUUUACUGUAUCCAAAUACAUGUUGUUCCUGAUUCACUGGCCGUGGCUGGUGGUCUAAAAAAUUCUAUGCAGAAUAGUAGAAAUUUGACGCUACUGUACUUGCACAGCGUAUAAGUGCACCAACACCUGAUUUUAAGUUUCACUCUUAAUUUUUCAGUGGGAUUUUACUUCGGUUUUAUCGGUUGCAUUGUUGAUACACACGAAAGGAAAAAUACAU